UGCGUCGAUGCUUGGCGCACAUUCUUCUUGUUGCUCGUAAAACGCAAAGGGCUCGACGCUACCGCGUGCACGUUCACGUCACUGACAUAUUUCUCUGUAAAGUCGGGACACCGCACUUUCGCAUGUCGCGUUCCGUCCGAACUCCGCUGCGAACAGGACCGAGCGACGCGACGCGAAGCGAGAGCAAGAAUCGCGGAAUCGAGAGACACACGCGGACGGGACGAGAGACGUCAGACCGACUCGAGAGAGCAAGCGUUAAAUAUAGGAUAAAAUCGUGUGUGCGACCUGAGAUCCACGAGCGCCUGACAGAAUGCGCAUACGACUAUGGGUAUACUCGGCGUCGUUUACGCCUUUGCCCGUCUGAAGUUGGCCACCGAUGGAUCGAACGUGUCAUUCUUAUAGAUAUUAUGUGCGCCAUGACUCAAAUUUCACACUCGCAUGUGUUGUUGAAGGGGAGUCGAGCGUGCGAAGAGAAUGACGGAUAGCCAGCAGCAGUUUUGCUUGCGGUGGAAUAACUUUCAGGCGAACAUCACGAGCCAGUUCGAGGCGCUGCGAGAUGAUGAGGACUUCGUCGACGUUACCUUCGCGUGCGACGGCAGGCGACUCCAGGCGCACAAGGUCGUCCUUUCCGCGUGCAGCCCUUACUUCAAGGAGCUGUUCAAGACAAAUCCUUGCAAGCAUCCAAUAAUUUUCAUGCGAGAUGUUGAGUUUGAACAUCUACAGUCGUUAUUGGAAUUUAUGUACGCUGGAGAAGUAAAUAUCUCGCAGGCCGAAUUACCUACAUUUCUACGUACUGCUGAAUCUCUUCAAAUUCGUGGCCUCACCGACUCCCAAAGUAAUCAACAUAACAAUGAAAAGCAUUUGAAGACAAACAACAUCCAUGCAUCAAAUGGCCGUGGUCUGAUCUCACCGAGCUUUGACGAUGAACGCAGUAGAACUCCACCACCUUCAAGCCCUCCACCACUGAAAAGGCUGUGUAAAAAAAGUGAUUCACCUCCAAUUUCUAGUCCAACACCCUCGAUACCGCCUUGUGCUACUAUUGCACCUCGCUCGCGUCCACUUAUCGAGCCUCAAGUUCAGCUCGAUUGUUAUAAAGAUCUCGAUAUUGUUGAGCCAAAAAUAGAAUUACCUGAAUAUGGCAGUGAUGACGAUUGCUCACCUAAACAGGAAGCUAAUACAUUACCCAGUGGAUUUCUUAGCUUGGAUAGUGGUAUGGAAGUAUUGCCAUCUUAUCCAUCAUCUUAUCAAGGAAACCAAAAUGUAGAAGGAGGAAUGCCAGGUCCAUCACAUGGGACUACGGAAUUAAAUCAGGAGCAGCAAGCUGACCUGCGUAAACUGCACUCGCUGGACCCACGCCCCUGUCCUGUGUGCAACCGCAUGUACAGUAACUUGUCCAACCUGCGGCAGCACAUGCGCCUCAUCCACAACCCUCAGAGUGUCACUUGCCCUCUAUGUAACAAGCCAUUCAAGACCAAGCUGUACCUGAAGCGUCACCUGGUCAGUUUCCACGACCUCAGUGUGGCAGACAGGCAACGACAGGAAGAAAUCUACCAACAUCAAGUUAAGGUUCAGGUCCAGGGACAGGGACAGGGACAAACGCAGGUUCAGGGAGGAGUUCAGACUCAAACUCAAACACAAGUUCAGGCUCAAUCACAAGCUCAGAUUCAAGCUCAGACUCAGGUGGAUAAUAAGGUGCUUUUAGCGGCUCCUGCUCCACCUUCUCGGGCUAUCACCGAGGAAGGUGGAGCUAGCGGUGGUGGUGGUGGCACCACGGAACCAAAGCUCAGAUCGUAUCAGGCCCAAGCUGGCGAUAAUGCUUACUCGGUAGAGGUGGCGCAGAUUAGUGAUUCAAAGCAUUUUGCUAGUGGGAUGUUGCAAUUCGAUGCUACGUAUCACUAAUGUGUACAGGAUGUUUAUUUAUUUUUUAAUCUAUUAUCUUGUGCCCAGUUUGUUGUAUCAUUUUGUGAUAUAGUAACAAAUCGAGUUUAUCUUUAUUGUUUAGUGAACUUGUGAUUCAAUAGGGAACGUAUCUUCAUAGUUGACCGACAAAUAGCUAGAAAUAACAUUACGACACAAGGCUGAUUCCGUAUUUAAUAAUUCAGGUUCUGUGCACAGAGGUGUGUAUGUGUGUGCACGGGUGUAAUUUAUAAUUUUAAAUCUUUUUGGGAAACGUGUAUGCAAUUCUUGUCGCACAAACACAAAUGGAGGACAAGAAAUCAAAUACGAUCGACAGUCGCGCACUUGUUUGUUUUCGUCCGUAAUAAGACGCCUAUAAAGAUCAUUCGAAUGAUCAUUCAUACGAAGGUCGACAAUGUAUAUAGGUUUGGGAGACUAGUUUACAUAUAAAGUCCCGUGCCUAUUCAUCGUAAAGAUGAACGCUGAUGAUGGGGGAGAGAACGACUAAAAUGCCGAAGGUGGAGCAGCCAUCCCACCUCGUACUGAUAAUUCUGCAGCCGGAUACUUGUUGUUUUAUUUAAUGCUAUACAGUGUUAUACAGACUACAGAUAUUUACAACAAUAUUAUAUUCUUACAGAGGAUUAUAUUUACUUUAUUAUUGCAACGCAAUGUGCAAUGACAUAGCUCGUACAUGAUAUAUUUUUCACAUGCAUACAUUGCAAUAUACAGCCAAUUGACAGCUCAACAGA